AAGUCAAGCAACCGGACACUACACCCUCAUGGGGGAGACAUGAGGUGGGGCUGCGGCCUUGCGAAAUCUUGAUGGGAGAUCGCGCUCUUUGAGACCACCAAUGGAUCAGUUCUUCAUGGGCAAUGGUCGCGGCGGAUGCUCCGACCAGAAUGGGUGAGGAGGUGUGUGAACGUUAACGACCAAAAUGGCAUUUCACAUCGCAACGUUGAUCCUCUUGGGAUUAGAUGCAGCACUGGGGGCUGUUUUGCCGCCCCCAUGGGCAAAUCCCAAACUGAAUCCGUGUGCGACACAACCCGGAGGAUGGCAAUUAUUGUAUUGGCCCCCUGAUGGCAAGUGCUACAAGAUAUUUAAGACUGGAUACCCAUGCUCCAACGACAUGGAACUAAGUCCCUCACCGACAAAAUCUGGCGAACAAAAAUUUUCCGCAGAAUGCCGCUGUCCUCCAAUGAAAGCCCAAUCUGCACGUGACGGCAAAUGUUACGACUUAUAUUCACGAGGACCGUGCGAAAAAGGUUUCUACUUUGCCCCAGACACCAACUACACCGACGACAACUCUAAGCGCCUUUGGGGCGUGUGCACGCAAUCGCGGCCCUGCCCCGGCCCCAACGAGAUCUUCUGGCCGCGUGACGGCCGCUGCUACCACAAACUGACCAAAGGGCCAUGCCCCAAGGGCCAACUUCUAACCACCGACCCUGACCUCAUCCCCCAAUGCCGAUGCAACAAACACCGCGAACUCCGCGACUACCGCUAUUCCGACAACCAGUGCUACCAACAUUUUACUCGAGGGCCGUGCCGCGAAAAGGGCCACCUUUUCCUUCCCGACCGCACUUGUGGCUGUCACAGUUUCCUGCCGCAUUUUCACGACGACACGCGUUUGUGUUACGAAAUCGGAACUAUAGGUCCUUGCAAUUCCGGGGAAAACUACCAACUGCACCCGGAAACACGCAGAGGGACUUGCCAGUGUAAAGCCGGAUACGUGCGUUAUGCUAAUACUUCGUCCUGUUUCCGGCCCUUUACGCAAGGGCCGUGCGCGGUUGGCGAGUUUCUUAUUAAUUCAACGACGUGUAUUGCACAGCCUUGUCCUAGGGGACACUUGUAUUUUCUCCCACAGGAUAAGUGUUACAGGAUAGGGACGCGAGGGCCGUGUCGAAAGGGCCGGAUCGUGACGUUUGAUUUCGAUACAAGACCAUCACUGGAUGGUAUUUCGUAUAACGGGGUGUGUAGUUGUGAGAAGGACGUUUACGAUAAUAAUUGUGACGAAGAGGAAAUUACUGAAUGUAGUAAAAGUGACGGAAUGGUGUGGUACCGGAAACGCUGUUAUAAACUGUACGCGCAAGGGCCGUGUCCGAAGGGUGCGUGGAUGGCACCGAAAAGGUACAAAAAACAGGAGUUGUGGGAUAGUGAGGGUGGGAAUGAGGGGACUUGUGAAUGUGUUCCUGGAUAUACCAGGACGAUAAGGACGUUCAGGAAUGUGACCGAAAUGGCGUGUAUGCCACCGACUGUGAUUUUAGCCGAUUAUUUGAAUCGGAAUUUUUCAGUAGCGCAGAUUGUAACUUUGUAAUUUAUACGAUUGAUUUUUACUUUUGUAAUAAAAAUUCAAACUUA